AAAUACCCCAAAAUUUUGGGAUAUUACAAGAAGCAAGGAAGACUCUGGAAUUCGGGGGCAAUUUAGGGAUCGAGAUCAGCAACAGAGAAGAGCAGAUUGUGGAAAGAUUCAGUCCGAUGGAAGAAAAGGACAGACGGGGGCAUGCCCGCAACAAUAACGGUAGGCCCUUUUCUCAAUUUUUAGAAAUUUUCAACAAUGAAGUUGAUCUCUUAUAAUGUGAGGGGACUAGGUAGUUCGAUCAAAAGAAAAGAGGGAAGAGAUAAUUUCGACUGGGUAUAUAAGGCAUCAGUGGGUAGAUUAGGUGGUCUACUAUGCGUGUGGGACAAUGAGAUUUUUGUAAAAGAGAAUGAAAGGCUGGAAACAUGGACAAUGAUAUUGAAGAUGAUUGAGGAAGGAGACAAUUGCUGGUGCAUUGCUGGAGACUUCCACAGUAUGAGAUCAGUGGAAGAGAGAAGAGGAAGAUCUAAGCACUCUAACUACAGGGAAGAUCUCAACGAAUUCAUUGAACUAGCAAGAUUGGUUGAUUUACCACUAACAAGAAGGAAAUUUACUUGGUACAAGAGUGAUGGGUCAGCAAAGAGUAGGCUGGAUAGAUUUCUUUUAUCUGAUGAGGCAGCAGCAAAAAUCAAUGAAGUUGACAAUAAGAAUGAGGACGGCGAAAUAACAGAGGAGGAUAUCUUGCUAAGAAGGGAAGGUUUUAGUGAAUUAUGGGAAACAUGGCAAAGAAGAGAAGUGGCAUGGAAAGAGAAGACAAAGCUCGACUGGAUAGAGGAACCGAGUGUGGUGAAGCAAGAAGUGCGUGAAUACUUCAACAAAAUCUUCCAAGAAGAGCAAUGGGAUAGACUGAAACUGGGUGGGCUACAGUUCAAGCAACUAAAUGAAGAAGACGGCGUUUGGCUAGAAAGAGAAGUGUCAGCAGAAGAAGUGAAACAAGCAGUGUGGGAUUGCGGAGGAGACAAAUCUCCUGGUCCUGAUGGAUUCAGCUUUCAUAUUAUCAAAUCCAUUCGGAACGUGAUCGAGAAAGACAUUGUCGAUUUUGUCCAAGAAUUCUCCAGGAACGGCAAACUAGUAAAAGGGCUAAACUCUUCAUUUAUUGUUCUUAUCCCAAAAAAAGAUAAUCCUAUUGAUUUAAAAGACUACAAACUAAUCAGCCUGAUUGGUACUCUUUAUAAAAUCAUAUCGAAGGUGCUGGCAAAUAGGAUUAAGAAAGUACUACCCAAGGUGAUAAAUGGGACACAAUCAGCCUUUUUGGGAGGAAGACAGAUCACAUAUGGUAUUCUGAUUCUUAAUGAAGUGGUAGAGGAAAUCAGGAGGAAAAAGAUUAGUAGCUUCAUAUUCAAAGCAGAUUUUGAAAAGGCAUACGACAGCGUGAAUUGGGCUUUCUUGGAUGAAAUGAUGAGAAGGCUCGGAUUUGGGGAGAAAUGGAGAUUGUGGAUUAAGGAAUGUCUGCAAACAGCUACAGUAUCAGUGCUUGUUAAUGGAAGCCCAACGGAAGAAUUUAAAAUGGAGAAGGGGUUAAGGCAAGGUGACCCGAUUGCUCCGUCCCUCUUUCUUAUUGUGGCUGAAGGGCUGAAUGUGUUAAUCAAAUCAGUUGUCAACAAGGAAUUAUUCCAAGGAAUUCCUGUAGGCUUCGGUGAUCUUAACAUCUCACAUCUCCAAUUCGCUGAUGAUACUGUUAUAAUGGGGAAGGCAGAACCGGGCAAUAUUAAAGUAGUGAAAAGGAUUUUGAGAUGGUUUGAAUUGAUCUCAAGCUUGAAGAUUAAUUUCAACAAAGGUGUCUUGUACUCAUGCCAUGUUUCGGAUGAAUUGAGGGGAAUGGCGGCAGCUAAUCUUAAUUGCAAAUCUGGAUCGUUCCCCUUCACUUACCUCGGGAUGCCAAUAGGCAACAGUUGGGAGAAAGUUUGCAAGGGUAGAAAUGAGGGAGUACUUGGUGUGCCGGAUCUGGAAUGUAGGAAUAUAGCUCUACUAGGGAAGUGGUGGGACAGAUUUGGGAAGGAAGAUCAUAGUUUAUGGAAGAGAGUUAUUGUAGAUAAAUUUUAUGGAGGAAGUACGGUGUGGGAUAUUAAAGAAGUCCAAACUAGGAAUGCAUCCACAGUAUGGAGAAAUAUAGUGGCAUUAGGAGAUGAAAGGGGUAGAGGUGCAUGGAUGUAUAGAGAAGGCUUCCGCUGGAAGUUGGGGAUGGGUGAUAAAAUCAACUUUUGGAAGGACAAAUGGUGUUAUAAGAUCCAAGAUCUAUGGAUGAGCUGUUACAAAUGGUGGGGGAUUUCCAUCUCCCUCCCCAAUUCUAUUUCUCUUCUUUGUGAAGCUCAUAGCCAAGGGAUAAAGAAACUAGUUACUGCUGAGCCGCCUCACUGCGGCUAUCCUGGGUUCAACUUAUCUUGUUCCGAGAGGAAGGAAACCCUCCUUCACCUGCCCAACUUAUCAAACAUCUCCGUUGAAAACAUCGAUUACAUGAAGCAGCUGAUUCAAGUAUACGACCCAGAUAAUUGCUUUCCCAAAAAGCUAACUUCUGACCCCCUAUCUUCUUCUUAUUUCAAUUUAGCAGAAGGCUUUAAAUACAAUUUCAGCCUAUUCAGUUGCCCGCCGGAGGAGAACCGGGAUUUGGUCUGGAAGAUCCCUUGCUUAAGCGAUACUUCCUCCAAAGUUUAUGCCCAACGUGCUAAUUCAUACGUUAAUUACUUUCCUCUGUUGCAUUGUACCAAGAUGCGUGACGUCUUGGAAGUCCCAUAUGCCUUGAUGACGGCCAAAGUAAAGUUCUUCAGUUGAGUUGGAAUGAACCGAACUGCAGGGA